AUGGCUGCUGGUCCUUCUACUACAGCGAGGACUGCUACUGCUUUCCCAUCGAUGAUUGCGUUUGGUUCUCAGACCACAUGGCCAAGCUCCGAGUAUCUCUUUCAGCUCAGAGCUGCCUUACUACUUGAACCUCGACUAAGAACUGUCCUUAUUGCAAUUAGAGGGCUUCCAAGGCUGUGGCAGGAUCUGAUUGCUCACGACCAAAGAUUGACCGCAGUCCCAGGCCAAGCUUGGUUGGAUUACUUGGUAGAAUGGGUCAAUCAUGGAGAGUCACAGUCGAUAUUUGGGUUGCCUCCUAAUGUUCUGACAAUGCCAUUUACUAUCAUCAUACAUAUCAUCCAGUACUCUCACUAUAUCGACGGUCUCCAAACCAACCACGCCGAGGUCUUAAAGAAUGUUAAGACGGGAGGCAUUCAAGGCUUCUGCACUGGAAUUCUCACCGCAAUUGCUGUAGCUUGCUCAAAGGACGAGGAAGACAUCGAUGUUUUUGGUGUAGUAGCCUUGAAAUUGGCUCUGUGCAUUGGCGCAUACGUGGACCUGGACGGAGCUUUUGCAAAUGAAGUCAACGAGACUACUUCCGUCGCCGUCCGUUGGAGAUCGGAAGCUGGCCAUGACAGCAUACUGGAGACUUUGAAAAGCUACCCGGAGGCAUACAUCUCCGUUGUUUUGGAUUCCACGGACGUUACUAUUACCACUCCGAAAAUCUCUGUGGCUGCUCUUACCCAACAUCUGUCUUCGCAGGGCAUGACUGUGAAAUCUACAGGGUUAGGAGGCCGAUAUCAUUCCUCUAUACACCAAGAAGCGCUCACAAAGAUCUUCGAACUCUGCGACUCGAGGCACGACAUUCAAUUUCCCCCUGCUGAGAGGCUCAUAGUGCCAGUAAGAUCAAAUACCACGGCCCAGGUUCUGACCGAAGGCUCUCUUCAUAAGCAUGCCACCCGAUGCAUCUUGAUAGAAAUGGCGAAUUGGCACCUAACAAUAUCUGCGGCAGUCUCACAACUCAUCCAAAUCAAAACGCCGGUGGCCGCAUCUUUUGGCUUACUUGAUUUCAUUCCGUCUUCAGUCAUUCGGGAGUCGGGCCUGAAAGUCAAUAAGAUGAAAUCUUCAAAGUUGUUCCCGAGCAGACUGGCUAGCUCCGAGCCUGCACUCCCGUCCGGAACAGUAACUCCUGAAGUCUCAGCACCUCAAGAUGGUCGAUACCCAGACCAUACAAUCGCGGUCGUUGGAAUGGCGUGCAGAUUCCCAGGUGCAGACUCCAUUGAGGAAUUCUGGGAACUGCUUUCUUCGGGGACAUCCAUGGUUGAGGAGAUGCCUGACGAACGAUUCUCUACACAAGGACUUCGUCGCUCUCAAGAUAGCAAGCUCAAGUUCUGGGGCAAUUUCGUACGUGAUAUCGAUGCUUUUGACCAUCGUUUCUUCAAGAAAUCCUCCCGUGAAGCAGCUACAAUGGACCCACAACAGCGCCUUCUAUUACAAGUCGCUUAUGAAGCCAUAGAGUCUUCGGGCUAUUUUGGAAACUUCUCAGCUUCGAUUCCGGACGACAUUGGAUGCUACUUGGGGGUUUGCGCAAACGACUACAAUGAUAACGUCGCCUCACAUCCGCCGAAUGCUUUUUCUUCGCUUGGUACUCUACGAGCAUUCUUGAGCGGCAAGAUCAGUCACUUCUUUGGAUGGACCGGACCAUCGGUGACAUAUGAUACAGCCUGCUCGUCAUCUGCUGUUGCAAUUCACUCUGCUUGCAAAGCUCUUGAGGCUGGUGAAUGCUCUCAGGCUCUGGCUGGCGGCGUCAGUCUCUACACCAACCCUAACUUCUAUCAAAAUCUUGCAGCGGCUUCUUUCCUCAGUCCCACUGGACCCACAAAGCCAUUUGACGCUAGAGCUGAUGGCUACUGUCGUGGUGAAGGCGUCGGCUUAGUUGUUCUAAAGAAGCUCACUGCUGCUCUCGCCAAUGAAGACAAUAUUCUUGGUGUCAUCACCGGGUCAGCGGUCAACCAGAAUAGCAACUCUACCUCCAUCACAGUGCCGCAUUCCCCAUCCCAAAUCUCGCUUUACAGAAAGAUAUCAUCUCUUUCUGGCAUUGAUCCUGAAAACGUAUCAUUCGUCGAGGCUCACGGUACUGGAACGCCCGUUGGCGAUCCUAUUGAGCUUGCGAGUAUUCGUGAGGUCUUUGCGGGGUCUCGUCGCAGAAAGCCAUUGCACGUCGCUUCUGUGAAGGGCAACAUCGGCCAUCUUGAGGGCGCUUCCGGAGUCGCUGCACUUAUCAAGGUACUACUCAUGAUGCAGUACAAGACGAUCCCCAUUCAGGCCAACUUCACCUCACUGAAUCCUAAGAUCCCAGUACUAGAACCAGAGCGAAUAGAAAUACCUUUGUCAACUCACGAAUGGGACACAGACUUCCAAGUUGCGUGCAUCAACAAUUAUGGUGCGGCUGGCAGUAAUGCUGCUAUGAUUGUGUGCCAGCCACCAAAUAUGGCUUCACACAGUCGUCAUAGUAGAGAUUCCGAGACCUUGACUGGGUCGCGGAUUCCCAUCUUUAUAUCUGCCUACUCUGAAGAGAGCCUAAAAGCCUACUGUGUAGCGCUCCAGAAACUGAUUCCUUCAUCAGCAGCUACUAAAGAUUGGUUGUCAUCGUUGGCAUUCAACCUGGCCGAUAAACAAAAUCGCUCUCUCUCACAUGUCAUCUCGACUACAGUAUCAGAUCUAACCGAGCUCAACAGUAAAAUUGCUGCAGUGAGAUCGGGCGACCUUCAACCCAAGGUCAACGCAAAAGCAAAACCCGUAGUCCUCUGUUUCGGGGGUCAGAAGAAUAAUGUUGUUGGCCUGAGUAAGGGAGUGUACGAUGUUUCGAAGCUUCUACGCUUGCACCUUGACAAUUGCGACGUUACGCUUCGCUCCAUGGGCUUAGAUGGACUUUAUCCCGAGAUCUUUCAAACGAGUCCCGUUGAGGACAUUGUCAGACUUCAUUGCCAACUCUUCUCACUGCAGUACUCAUGCGCGAAAUCUUGGAUAGAAUCCGGACUACACAUCGAUGCAGUUGUUGGUCAUAGCUUCGGCCAGUUGACAGCUCUUUGUGUUUCCGGUAUCCUUUCUUUAGGAGAUGGCCUGAAGCUGGUGUCUGGCCGGGCUUCUCUGAUGCAGAAGCACUGGGGCCCAGAGCGUGGCUCAAUGAUCUCGAUUGAAGCGGAUUUGAAUUCGGUGCUAGACUACAUAGCUUCAGCCAACACAUCUAACGCCAAUCAGAAUAUCGAAAUUGCCUGUUACAACGGAUCAACGAGUCAUGUUCUUGUCGGAACUAGAUCUGCUAUUGACAGUCUCGAGAAGGAACUCUGCAGAGCUUCCAUCCAACAUAAACGGCUCAACGUCACCCAUGGGUUCCACUCUGUCUUUACCGAGCCUUGUCUCUCCAGACUGCAUAGCUUAGCAGAAGAUCUUACAUACAACAAACCUGCAGUGGCGUUGCAGACGUGUACGGAAAACAGAAGCUGCGAUGAGAUAGGUCCUCGACAUAUAACAGAUCAUACCCGUAUGCCAGUAUACUUUGGACGAGCGGUCGAGCGACUUGCGCAGUCACUCGGUCCAUCUACUUGGCUAGAAGCUGGAUCGAGUUCAUCAGUAACGUCUAUGGUCCGUCGAGCUUUGGAUCAGGCUACCGCUCCCUCACAUACCUUCCAACCUGUCCAACUGGGCGCUGCUGAUGCUAUCGGAUCUCUUGCCGAAGCUACUGUCAAUCUUUGGAGAUCUGGUCACAAGGUUCAGUUCUGGCCAUAUCAUCGCUCCCAAAAACAAGAGUACUGUGCGAUCAAUCUACCUCCUUACCAAUUCGAGAAGUCGCGGCACUGGCUAUCAUGGAUAGACACUGCCCAGGUCCCUACCCCAGUGCAACUCAGUAAACCCUUGGCCGAAAAAGAACACAUUCUGCUUUCUUUGACCAGAUUCCGAGAUCAAACCCAACGUGAUGCCGAAUUUUCUGUGGAUCCCAGCAGCACAGACUAUGAGUUCUACGUGCAAGGCCAUGCAGUACUUGGUGAGCCGCUGUGUCCUGCACCUCUAUACGUAGAGCUUGUUUCUCGAGCCGCUAUGAUCUUGAUGAAAGAUUCAGGUAUCUCUGACUAUCUUCCUUGCGUCGAAGAUCUGGAGAUAAAUACGCCCCUUGGCAUGAACACGGAUCGGGCUAUAACCAUUGAUCUCAAAAGGGCCGAAGGAAAAAUACCCGCGUGGACAUUUGAAAUGGCAAGUAAGUCACAAGGUGAUGCGAAAGGCAAUUCCGCUACACAUGCCACGGGUAGAGUCACUCUUCACCUAGAGAAUCCAAGGUUACUCACGGACUUCUCCCGUUAUGAAAGACUCAUAGGAUUUCAAAAGUUUGAUAAUCUCAAGAAUGAUCCUGAAUCGGACAUCAUGCAAGGGUCUACGGUCUACAAGGCAUUCUCCAGGGUCGUUGAAUAUGCUGAUCAUUACAAAGGCGUCAGAAGCGUCUAUGGAAGAGGCCAACAGGUCGUAGGCAUCGUCGUCCUUCCUGAUUGCGGCUCAAAUGCUCUCCGAAACUGCGUCACAAAGCCAUUGGCUAUUGACAAUUUCGUUCAGGUGGCUGGUCUACACGUCAAUUGCCUCAAUAAAUGUAAGGACACUGAGGUCUUUGUCUGCACAAAAAUCGAACGCAUUCAGUCGAGUCUGAGGUUCAGAGAAUCCGAUUCUUGGGUGGUCUACUCAAAUUUCACAUCGAUAGGAGAAAGGGAGAUUGUCAAUGAUAUUUUUGUCUUUGGAAAGAAGUCUAAGUGCCUGGUCUUGAUGGUGCUGGGUGCACAUUUCAUGAAAGUCCUCGUCAGUUCCUUGACCAAGGUGCUGUCCAGGGCCAACACAGCUCGGCCUCGUAUAGGAAACGGCACUGUCGACAUCCCAGUUGAUUCAAAAUCGACCAUUCCCAGUCAGUCUCUUCCGAACAAGGGUCCAGUCCUCCUGACGGCCGACUCCAAGAUUGAGGCCAAUGUAGACCCCAGCUCUCGAGAUGAUGACACAUCAACGAUCGACACAGAUAUCCGAAAGCUUUUGCAUCGAGUUACGGAUGUUCCUAUGGAAGAUUUUCAGGACGACUCGACCCUAGAGGAGCUCGGCAUCGACUCUUUGAUGAUUACCGAGGUAAUGAGCGAGAUCUGCAAAUUUUUCGAAGUCGUGAUCUCAGCUGCGGAGUUCGCGACUUUACUGGACAUCAAGUCAUUGCGAAACUAUCUUCUUGCCAGAGGGUGUGGCGGCCACCGAACAGCUUUGACAUCAGACUCCUCGUCCGAGAGCGGCGAAGAUCACUUCAGCGUGACAUCCGCGAUAACUGCUGCCAGCUCUACCGAAGAUGUGACCAGUCUGCAAAACGACGUUGAAUCUGAGCUCGCUGAGCUUCUUGUGGGCCAUCUAGAGACAAGCACGUCCAUGACGCGAGAGACGAAUCUUGCCAAUGAAGGCUUAGAUUCGUUGCUUAGCAUAGAGCUGGCCAAUGAUAUCAGGGAGAACUUUGGUGCUACCAUUGAUAUGGGUCUACUUGACAGCGAUUCAACGUUUGGUGACUUACUGGACAUGGUGUCCUCACAGAUUCAACCAUCUAUGAACCAUGUGAAGGCCAAGACUACAUCGGCUACCCCUGCGCCUACUAUGCUAAAAGAUCUCUCCGCAACCAUUUCACUCGCUCCAUUAACCGAAAGACCCGCUUCUCUAAGUCAUGCUCAGCAAGCUUUUGAGGGCACUAGAUUUGAUUAUGAUGUUUUCACAAAACAAACGGGAUUUGCCGACUUCUGGAAAAUCGUAUACCCCACGCAGGCACGCCUUGUCCUUGCCUACACCGUGGAGGCAUUUGCAACGCUUGGGUGCCGGAUUGCCUCGUUGAAUGCUGGCGAGAGAUUGCCGCUGAUUCAUUUCAUGCCCAAGCAUAAACUCCUCAUGGAUCAAUUGUAUGAGAUUUUGAAAGACUCGUCGCUAGUAAAGCCCGAUGGUGUCAGUUUGGUUCGAUCUAAGACACCUGUCGAUCACACGUCUUCUAGAACCAUACUUCAGGAACUACUCCAAGCGUUUCCUCACCAUGCUUCUGAGCAUAAACUCCUCGAUGUUACAGGCUCCAAGCUCGCCGAAUGUCUCACAGGCGCUGCUGAUCCCCUUCAACUUCUGUUCCGAAGCAAAGAAAACAAACAGCUACUAGAAGACGUCUACACUUACGGACCGAUGUACGAAGCGAUCACCAAGCUGUUGGCUUGCUUCCUGCAGAAAGCCUAUGGCACCAACGGUGAAGGUGGUACCUUUCACAUUUUGGAGCUUGGUGGCGGCACCGGUGGUACAACUAGUUACAUUGUCGACUUCCUUGUGAGGCAAGGAAUUUCUUUUACCUACACAUUCACCGAUCUGUCUGGCUCUCUGGUCACAGCUGCGAAGAAGAAAUUUGCCGGCCGAACCUUCAUGACUUUCAUGAUCCUUGACAUUGAACAGACUCCUCCAGGAAAGUUCCUCAAUAAGUUCCACACGAUAAUAUCGACCAACUGCAUCCAUGCCACCCGGAAUUUGCAAGCUUCGACCACGAACAUCCGCCAGAUGCUCCGGCCCGAUGGCUUUGUCUCGUUAGUGGAAUUCACCAGAAAUCUGUUCUGGUUCGAUCUUGUAUUUGGUCUGCUAGAAGGCUGGUGGCUCUACGAGGACGGUCGAAAACACGUCUUGGCCAGCGAGAAUUUUUGGGACCGUAGCAUGCGAGCUGCCGGCUUCAAACACGUUACAUGGACCGAUGGCCGCUCUGAGGAAGCCCGAACUCUCCGUAUCAUCACUGGAUUUCUAGCUGAGCCUGUAAAUGAGUCAUUCAAGCCCAAAAAGCCGUCACGAAGGCCGGAGGCUCAGACUGUGGUGUACAAGCAGGCUGAGAAGACAAAUUUAUACGCUGAUGUCUACGUCCCAUCCAACAUCAAACCCGGCGAGAAAAGACCCAUUGCGCUACUCAUCCACGGUGGUGGCCACGUGUUGUUCACGCGUAAGGAAGUCGACCUUAAACAGAUAAAACUUCUCAUCGCCGACGGUUUCCUCCCCGUCAGCUUCGACUACCGCUUCUGUCCUGAGCUCAAUAUCCUUGACGGUCCAAUGAAUGAUGUCUGUGAAGCUCUGCGCUGGGCGCGCUUUGAGCUACCGUCUUUGGCCGCGAAGAUUGCGCCGGACCUCCAAGCGGAUGGCGACAAGGUCGUAGCGGUGGGUUGGUCCACGGGCGGACACCUGGCCAUGACGCUAGCGUUCACCGCACCACAACGAGGCUUUAGAGGCCCAGAAGCCAUAUUGGCACUCUAUUGUCCUACAGAUUACGAGGAUGACUGGUGGAAAUCUCCCAUCUACCCCGAAGCCGCCGUCUCUUCUAUCAACGAGCCCUACGACCUCCUCGAAGGCAUUCAGAAGGAGCCGAUCGUAAGCUAUUACCCGCCCACCAGAAGUAAUCACCCAGGAUGGCUCAUGUCGCUCGCGGACCCCCGCUGGCGCUUCGUCCUGCACAUGAACUGGCGCGCGCAAACCAUCCCCUUCCUCCUCAACGGUCCCUCCGCCGAUACUACCCCCCCAACUCAAUCUCAAAUCAUCUCCAUCUCACCCUACGCCCAGAUCCUCACCGGUGCCUAUCGUACCCCUACCUUCCUGAUCCAUGGAAGACUUGAUGAUUUGAUUCCGUGGCAGCAGAGCAUGCGCACCGUCGAAGCGCUCAGAGCCAGGGGUGUAGAGGCGGAGAUUGAAGUCGUAGAGGGGGGGAGGCAUCUCUUUGACACAUUUCCUGAGAUUGGGGUGGAUUUUGAGCCGAGUGUGAGGAGGGGAUAUGCGUGGUUGGCGAGGUGUAUGUAG